AUGGACUCUGAUCUGUGGUAUGAAACGGAAACAGAGACAGAAACUGACACAGAAUCAAAGGGAGAUGAAAAAAUGUCUUGGUAGGUAGCUAUGGUUUAUAGCAUGAUGAUUUAAACUCUAAAACUUAGGUUUUGCUUCUGGUUUAUUGUCUUUAGGCUUCCAAUGGAUGAAAUUCUCCAAAAACACUCCAAGUUUAUUGUGUUUCUGUCUCACCUGCUACUGCUGUUUUCUAUUUGUCCUGUUUCCCAAACAGAUAAUCCACUAGUGGAUACAUGCUCAAAAGGGACAAUGGUUGAAGUUAAAACCACAUGCAAAAGCACUACUUGUCUUAAAAAGGAGCACAUCUGGAAAGGUCAGCCUGAAAGGGAAGGGAAAAAAAUGCCUGCAAGGAAUUUCUUGCUGUGUUUUGCAUUACUUCUCUCUAGAAACUCUGCAUACAAAGUGCCCCUAUAUACAUGGGUUUGUAAUGCAUUCCCCUUAGAGGUUACUUCAGAUAUCAAAGGGUAAGCUUUCUAUUUGUAUAUAUUGGAUUGUUUCCUGUCAUCCAAUAUUUCCAUUUGUAUAAUUUUUAAAUAUGUUAAUGUUUGUUGAGUUGGCUAGCUGCAUUGCUAAUGGUCUGCCUCCUCUUUCCUCGAUUGUAGCUAGCAAUAUGGAGAAGGGGAGUAUUGUGUAUUUAGACACUACCUUGGACAGCCCACAACUGUUAAAAAAAUUACAAAAUCAAUGUUUUAGGUGAUAACCUUUCAAUGUUUUGGUUAGGGGAAGCUCUUUCCUAUUACAUACCUAUACUGGAAGACAUGCCAAGAAAAAAUGCUGGAAGUGUUGAAAAAAAGUGAGAGGAUAUGGCAAUAG